CGCCGUAAUUGACGUGACAAACGCUUGCAUUUAGAACCAACCAAUGGUUGAUUUCAUUUUUGGUGUAACGCAUCCACACCAUUGGCAUUCUUUGAAUAUUCAGCAGAAUCCACACCAUUAUUCCGUAGUGCGGCAGUUUGGAAGCAAUUUCACUACGCUAUUACAGGAAAAAGUAGGUGCCGGUGUUUAUUUCAAUCCUUAUGUUGAAAUCGAUGGCAUGGUCAUCAAAUAUGGAGUGGUGUCAAUCGACCGACUUUGCAAGGAUUUGCUGGAUUGGGAAACGCUUUAUCUUGCGGGAAGAAUGCACAAGCCUGUGAAGAUCCUCCGAGACGAUGCUCGUGUACGAUUGGCCAAUCAGGUCAACCUCACUGAAGCAGUCAGAGUCGCUCUUUUAACAUUGCCCUCUGAGUUCAACGAAACUGAACUAUACGAGCGUAUUGCGGGAAUCAGCUACAAAGGAGAUUUCCGCAUGGUCAUUGGUGAGAAUCCCAACAAGGUGAAGAAUAUUGUCGACAAGCAGCUUCCGCACUUUAAAAGAGUUUACUCUCAUUUGUUGGAGGAUUUGCCCAACGUAGCGGUGCUUGAAAAUGGCUUGGUUCAGCAAGACAAAAAUCCCAAAUAUCAAAGCUUGAUGGUUCAAAAACUGUCCAAAACACUAUACCAGAAAGUAUUGAUGGAGCAUCAACGCUAUACUCGAGUCAAGGGAUUGAAAAUGCCAGAAGAUAAGGAUUUGUUGCACCAGCAAAUCGUUGGCUCUCCAGAACUGAACAAGUAUAUCAACCGAGGUUUGUUUGAAAUUAUCGCUUGGCCGGCUCUUACCCAAAGUGCCAAAGGCAUCAUCACCGCUGGCCCAGCAAGGACAGCACGCUAUACUGGAGAGAAACUCAAGAAAUGGUGGCAGGCAAAGAAGUAGUCAUAAUAAAAAAACAAUAGAGUGUACAAAACGAUCUGCUCUCCAGCGGAUAUUAUAAAAAAAAAAUUACCAUGGAA